AUGUUAUUUUUAUUUUUAUUUUUCAUUACUCCUAUUCUUUGUUAUCACUCUAUCUCUUCUUCAAUUUGUUUUAAUACAUCACUCCCACAAAAAUCUACUUUUGCUUAUUUUGUUCAAUCUUGGCCAGGUACAUUUUGUAUGGAUCAGUCUUGUCAUUCUAUCACUCCGAUUAAUGAAGGUUUUACUAUUCAUGGAUUUUGGCCACAAAAAACAGAAAGUACUUAUCCUGAAUGUUGCUUUACUUAUUGGAAAAAUGAAGAAAUUACUCAAUACGUUCAAACCCAUGAAUGGUUAUUAAUGAAUCUACGUUUUUAUUGGCCUGGAUUAAAACAGUGCUCAUUUUUUAAUUAUGAGUAUUUGAAACAUGGUACAUGUAUUCCAUCAAUAUCUCAUGGAGAAGAUGGUCCUCAAUAUUUUGCUGAUAUUGCGUUAAGCAUUGCAAAUAAAACAAAUGCAUGGAAAAUAAUGAAGGAAAAAGGUAUUAAAGAUGAUUCAAUAACUCAGUACUCAAAAGAAUAUAUACGCUCUUUAUUUAAAGAGAUUUAUGGUGCAAAUCCGUUAUUAUUUUGUUUUGGGAAUUUUUUUGAUGAGUUUAGAUUAUGUAGUGAUAUUCCAUCAUUUAAUAGACGUUCUCAUCCAAAAAUUUUUGAUUGUGAUUCCUCUUUUAGAUAUUUAGAGACAUGCAACAAUUCUAUUAUAUUUCCAAAAUUCCCUUAUUAUAAGAUUAAUUCAAAUUGUCUUUAUUGA